CGAGUGCGAGAACGGCCACCGUUGAUCCCGGUCACAUUCACCUCCCCGCUUUAAAUCCCGGUUCCCAUCGCCACCCGUCCUUCUGCCUUCCGAACCAUGGAACCUCCCCGAGGACUCGCCGCCGAUCUCGACCCCUUCGCCACUUGAUCCCUUUUCCGCCUCCUGAUCCAACUCUCCUCGAGGCUUGCCGCCUUCUUCGCCAGCGGCGACCGUCCGGGCUGGCCGUGGUCUUAUGCGUGACGGAAUCUGCCAUCUAUGAACGUGGACAUGGGGAUCGGUGAUCUCGAAGGUGAUGGGGGAGGCGGGGAGGAGGAUGUGGUGCCUACGAAGGAGGAUAUCCCUGUCGACAAACUUUCCGAGGAGACCGCUGAAGUGGUGGAGGCCAAGCCCGACGACGGGAACAUUCGGGAGGCUGAGUCGUCCCUCCAGGAAGGGCUCUCGCUCAAUUAUGAGGAAGCAAGAGCACUUCUGGGAAGACUUGAAUAUCAAAGAGGUAAUAUUGAAGCUGCUGUUCGGGUAUUUGAUGGAAUAGACCUUCAAGCUGCUAUUCAGCGAUUACAAAGUUCUAAUGGUGAUAAGGCUCCUGCAAAGAGGAAUCGAUCACGUAGUGAAUCUGUACACUUGCCAUCACAACAUGCUGCUACCCUUGUUCUUGAAGCCAUCUAUCUGAAGUCCAUGUCUUUGCGGAAACUAGGCAAAGCUGCUGAAGCUGCUCGAGAAUGCAGCAGCGUCCUUGAUGCUGUAGAAAAGAUGUUCCAACCUGGCAUACCAGAUUUUUCAGUUGAGCAGAAAUUACAGGACACAGUUAGUAGAGCAGUGGAGCUACUUCCGGAGCUCUAUAAGCAAGCUGGGUGCUAUCAGGAAGCCUUUGCUUCAUACCGUCGUGCACUCCUAAGUCAAUGGAAUCUUGAUGAUGACUGCUGUGCAAGGAUUCAGAAAAGAUUUGCUGUACUUUUAUUGUAUGGUGGAGUGGAGGCUAGCCCACCUAGUUUGGCUUCCCAAGUUGAUGGUGCAUUUGUUCCAAAAAAUAAUAUGGAAGAGGCUAUUUUACUCCUAAUGCUAGUGUUAAGAAAAUGGUCUCUGGGCAAGGCCCAGUGGGAUCCUUCAGUGAUUGAGCAUCUUUCUUUUGCACUCUCUAUAUGUGGUCAAACUUCUGUACUUGCUAGACACUUUGAAGAGGUCAUGCCUGGAAUAUAUCCACGGUGUGAUAGGUGGUACAGCUUGGCUCUUUGCUAUAGUACUGUAGGUCAAAGUCUUUCUGCAUUGAACUUAUUAAGGAAGUCAUUAAACAAAGAUGAAAGUCCUAAUGAUAUCAUGGCAUUGCUAUUGGCUGCUAAGAUCUGUAGUGAGCAUAAUUCUCUUUCUUCUUCUGGAGUAGAAUAUGCACGGAGAGCUAUAGCAAACGCUCAAGUUGCAGAUGAGCAUCUAAGAAGUAUAGGUCUUCGUUUUCUAGGGAUUUGUCUUGGAAAGCAAGCUAAGAUUGCUUCUUCAGAUCAUGAAAGGUCAAGCUUGCAAAGUGAAGCCUUGAAAUCCUUAGAUGAGGCAAUUUCUAUUGACCUCGAUAACCCAGAUAUACUUUUCGACCUAGGACUUGAAUAUGCUGAGCAAAGAAAUACAAAUUCAGGACUCAGAUGUGCAAAAGAAUAUAUUGAUGCAACUGGUGGAUCGGUAUCCAAAGGAUGGAAAUUGCUCGCUCUGGUUUUAUCUGCUCAGCAACGUUACUCAGAGGCUGAAAUUGUAACAGAUGCAGCUCUGGAUGAAACUGGUAAAUGGGAACAAGGACCGUUAUUGAGAAUCAAGGCAAAGUUAAAAGUGGCUCAGUCUCUACCUGUGGAUGCAGUUGAAGCAUACCGCUUGCUUCUUGCGCUUGUUCAGGCCCAAAGAAAGUCUUCUGGAUCUUUCAAGAAUAAUACAGAGAUUGAGGAUGACAAAGUCAAUGAGUUUGAAGUUUGGCAAGGUCUUGCCAAUCUAUAUUCAAGCCUCUCCCACUGGAAAGAUGCUGAGAUAUGCUUGGAUAAAGCUAGAGAAAUGAAACCUUUUUCUGCUUCUAUUCUACAUACUGAAGGUUGUAUUUUUGAAGCCUGUGGAGAGACCUACCAAGCAGCAUUGGGUACUUACUGCAAGGCCCUCUCAGUUGAACUUGACCAUGUGCCAUGUAAAGUAUCUAUUGGCGCUCUACUGUCCAGAAAAGGCUCAAAGUCUCUGCCUGUCGCUAGAAGCUUUCUUUCUGCCGCCCUCAAGCUAGAACCAACAAAUCGGUCGGCUUGGUAUCACUUGGGUUUGAUUCACAAGGAGGAAGGCCGGUUGAGUGAUGCAGCAGACUGCUUCCAGGCGGCAUCAUUAUUAGAAGAAUCAGAUCCUAUAGAGAGUUUCAGAUCUAUUGCAUAAGCAUCAAAGUAAAUGUUCAUUUCCAGUUUUUCUUUGGGUUUACCUUCACAUUUUGCCUACAUAGCUUCAUUCAAUUGGAUCUCUUUUGUACAUUGUAUUUAUAGAGAUUAGUCUUUGUGGACUCCCUGUUCUUUUUGGUUUUGUUUCCUGUAGUGUAAUAUUGGUUCUUGCUGCUUUGGCAGCUUAUAAACUGUUAAAAUUGUGUUC